AUCAGUUCGAAUUGUGAGGUUGCACAGAGCAGACGACGAGCAGUUAACCGCGUUCCACAAAACUCGUUGAGACGCGUGUUUUUGUGUUUUUUUCAAUCAAAUAUUACAACGAAAUCGAAAAAAAAAGAAUAUACUAUAUGCCUGUAGGUGUAUAUGCGCGCAGUGCAGCAACAAUCGUUAAUUAAUUCAACGCUAAUCGUUCAUCGAUCGUUGCCUUAAACCUGAUUUUAUAUUUUUUGUAAAUUGAUCGCGUUGUGUGUGUGUGUAGCAUGUUGCCAGCCACUGGGCCAGGCGGCCGUAGCUGCUGACCAAGGCUAAUUUAAACCAGCAAUAACAACAAUAACAACAACAACACUCAAAGCCAAACUGCAAUUGUAGCCAAAGCACAAACAGACAAAAAAUAAUAUUAUUAAAAAGAAAAACAAUCAACGUUUCGAUUUGCCAACGACAACGGAGGCUGUUGCUUACAAAAAAAAAAAAAAAACCCCACAAAAAAAGUGUCAAUUACAACAACCGCAGCCGCACAACACACCCAAACACACACACAUAUACACACACACAAUGGCCAGCAUACGUGCGCAUUCGCUGCUGCUGUUGCUGCGGCUUAUGUUGCUGCCGUUGCCGUUGCUGUUGCUGCUGCUGAUGUUGACAGGCGGCGCACAGAGCACGCGCCUGCCGCUGGAGGUGUACGAGCUAACGCCAACGGCCAGCACUGACAGCGAUGCCAAGCACAAGAGCUUGGAAUAUGCCAUCUACGAUCCCAAAGAGCUAACAGGUGCGCCCAAGGCAGCGGCAGCAGCAGCAGCAGCAACAACAACCACCAGCAGCACGGCGAGGCCAAGCAGCGAAAAGCCGCUAACUAUUGCCGUGGUCAGCAUCUCAGCGGAGCAGCAGCAGCAGCAACAGUCGGAGCUGGAGCCUGCCACACAGGCGGGGCGACGUGCGCGCCAAAUGCUGCAGCAGCAACAUCGACUGAGCAGCAGCAGCAGCAGCAGCAACAAGCAUGCGCACAGCGUCAAGGAUCUGCGCAUACUCUACCAAGUUGGGGACUCCGAGGCUGAUUUGCCCGUGUGUGCACCGAAUGCGGUCUGCUCCAAGAUCGACCUGUACGAGACGCCCUGGAUAGAGCGCCAGUGUCGCUGUCCCGAAUCGAAUCGCAUGCCCAACAAUGUCAUAGUGCAUCAUCAUGAGCACCCACAUGGCACGAUGUCUGAGGGCCAGAAAUAUCGCAGCUACUACGAGAAGGAGAAACUGUUGCAGCACAAGCGCCUGCUGCUGGACAAGAAAUACGAGAGUUUGCAUCUGAAGAAGCUCAUGCAGAAACUGGGCGCUGUUUACGAGGAUGAUCUGCAGCUGCCAUCUGCGGGAGACUAUGUGGAACGUUCGCCGGACUACAACGAGGCGCUGCCGCCGGCCUACGAGGAGCUGGCAGACAACGAACUGCCCCAGGCGCCAGCACGCGGCGCGACGCACAUGCGUCACUCGGGUCAUCGCGGUCUCAAGGAAGCAGUCAGCUUUAUUGGCGGCUGCCCGAGCAAUUUGGGCGUGGAAGAUGGCCACACAAUAGCCGACAAGACCAGGCACUACAAGCUGUGCCAGCCGGUCCACAAGCUACCCGUUUGCAAGCACUUCCGUGACUACACCUGGACACUGACCACCGCCGCAGAGCUGAAUGUCACCGAGCAGGUCGUGCACUGUCGUUGUCCCAAGAACUCUGUUACCUAUCUGGCCAAACGCGAGCCAGUGCCCAACAGCAGCACAGCCUAUCGCUAUCUCUUCGCCUGCUCCCCGCUGACGCGCCUACGUUGCCAGCGCAAGCAGCCGUGCAAGCUGUUUACGGUGCGUAAACGUCAGGAGUUUCUCGACGAGGUCAACAUCAAUUCGCUGUGCCAAUGCCCCAAGGGUCAUCGCUGUCCCAGCCAUCACACACAGUCGGGCGUUAUAGCGGGCGAGAGUUUUCUGGAGGACAAUAUACAGACAUAUUCCGGCUAUUGCAUGGCCAACGAUUGAUAUGGAUAUAUAUAUGGGUUUAUAGGUUUAUCUAGCACUCGACUGAGCCAAUUGAGUCUCGCCAAGUUAACAAUUAAAACUGAAAACUAAAACUACAAACUACAACUAAUUUAUGUGCAUGUGUGUGAAUGUGUGUGCGUGUGUGUGUGUGUGACUGUGCGUGUAUAAAAGGGUUUUUUGUUUUUUAGUUGCUACCAAAAUUUUGGUCAUAAAUCAUAAAAAAUUAAUAUACAUAUUAAAAUAAUAAUAAUAAAUACGAAUAUUUAAUUAGUUCUAAGACGCAGUUUUGUUAUACAAAUCAUUUGUAAUAAAUAUUUAUAAAAAGCGUUCUUAAAUCUGUAACAUAGCACACUAUAUAAUUAUAUAGCCCCCCCCCACUCUAUGUCCCCCUCUUGUAUUAGUUGUAUAUAUUAAAAGCAAUUUGCUUUUUUUUUAAUUUAAAACCUAAAGUACAGCAAUUUCAAAGCAUUACAUUUAAUUCCAACUUCGAAUAAAUCCCACAAGUGCCAAAUUAGUAUGCAGUGAAAAAUUCUGAAAAAGUUAUAUACGAAAAACAGUUUGAAACUGUCGCAACUAACAAAUUUGCACUAAAAAAGUACACUUAAAAAAAUAAUGCAAGAGAAAGUUUGAAUAAACAAAUUCGAAAAUAUGUUUGCUUUAAUAUUUUUAUGAAAAUAUAUACAUAACUACUUUAGAUAUUAGUCGUAACUUUGUAAUUGUAAAAUUCUUUCAACUGUAAAAUUCUCUUUAAUCCUUUAAUCACAUUGUAAUCAAUUCCCCCAACGAAUGUACUAUCCAAGUAUUUGCGCUAUUUAAGUAUUAGGCACUAUAUUUCGGCGUGUGUUUUUUUUAUUAUUAUUUUUAUAAAGACCAAAAGGAGCAAAAAUAAAAUAAAUUAUGUAUACGGAAGGAAAUAUUUUAACUACACUUAAAA